AUGUUGAUUGGUAUUGUAAAAGUUAAUAUUGUCACGCGAAAUAAAUUUGUGAAUGUACUGAAAGGUAAUAUGGAGAAAGCAACAGGCAGUAAGAAAACUACAAGCUUGAAAGGGAAUAUCCGGAUUAAACUUAAAAAGAAAGAUACCAAAAGGUCAACAAUGGGGAAGACUAAAACCGCAAAGCCUGUAAAAACAUUGAAAUUAGUCAGCAAGUCACCGAAAGCAGCGACAUCUACAGACGCAACAGUUGAUGAGGAGGGGUUGAAUAAAAACUCAGCAUUGUCAAAGGAUGAAAAAACUGACGCUUCAAAACCCUCCAAAUCAAAAAUGGAUAAAACAAAAAGUACAAAAAGUGACAAAGAUGGAAAAACAUUAUCAUCGAAGAUUAAUCUGAAACAUAAAUCAAUAAAAGAAAGACAGAAAAGUAAAAAGAUUGAUAAGAAAUUAAUCGUUCCGAAAACUGCCAAAUCUGCAGAGCAUUCUCCAACUGUUAAUGUCUCUAUGAUAAAUAAAAGUAAAAUACAAUCUAAUGAACCUCAAAUUCAGCUAUGCACUACACCUGUUAAAUCAUCUUUAGAAUUGUCACACUCUACUCCAACUUCAACUAUUGAUCCAUCAAAAGAACUGGAUAUUAGCGCAAUGAAGUCAAUAUUUGCAUCACCUAAUAAAUACCCAUCUAAUAAAGGAACACCUAUGGGAUCAUCAAGGCAGUUAGAUUUUGAUGGCGGUAUUGAAGUAACACCAAUCAAAUCUGUCAAUAAUGCAGUUGAUGAGGAGAGUAAUCCUGAAAGCAAAGUCAAAUCAAAAUCAAACAGGGAGAAAUCUGAAACCAAAUCAAUGCGUGAUCUUGAAAAAGAAAUAUUCGGGGAUAGUGAUAGUGAUGACAGUGAUGAUAUGUUCAAGAUUUCUCCAAAAGUUCAACUUUCAAAAAUUAAAGCUACACCUUCUAAAUCUGUAAUUACACCUGUUAAAAGUGAAUGUACGCCUGCUAAAUCUGAAGAUACACCGGCAACUUCACCAUGUAAACAGGAUGAUCACCCAGGACAUGAUGAAAUACAAGCAUUGCAGGCAGAAUUGUCUUCCUUGAAUGCAGACAGUGCUGGUUUGAAUACCUCAAUACAUAGGACUCCUGUCAAGCAUAAUAAAACAUCCAAGAGAAGGAAAACACCAAGGAAGAAGACUCCUUUAAAAAGUAACAGCAAGAAACCAAGAAAUAUUACCCCUAUCCCCUUACAUGAAGACUCUGAUGAUAGUGCUGACUGGGAAGAUGUUGAAGGCGAUGAUGAUGACGAUGAUGACACUGGGUUGAAGAUAUUUGAGGGUGAUGAUGUCAUUGACAGAAAAAUUGAGAAACAUGCACAGCAAUCCAAUCUUACAGCUCUGAAUGUUAAGACAAUUAUAAGGGAAGUUAUCUCCAACAAGAGUGUUGUUCAGAUGUUAAAGAACACAUUGAAGGAUGCCCAGAAUGAGGAAGAGUCAAGCCAUGACGAUGAGGAGCCUAUUCAAUCAAACUAUGAACUCAAAAUGACAAGGUCAAAGGUGAAACAAGUCAUGGGAGAUGAGAUCCCCCAUCCGUGGCUUAACUCACCCAAGAAGAAAGUGACAGGUGUUAAGAAGACUGCCCCAUUCUUAGACAUGACAUUCAGUGAUGAAGAGGAGGAGGAUUAUAACCCAGAAGCUGAUGAUGUUGAGAUGGAUGACAGUGAUGUAGACAGUGAAAGUGUAAUGUCCUCACAACCUGGAAGUGACUUUGGUUCCCCUUGUCCACUAACACCUACCACACCUAGUAGCACACUGAGGACCAUAGCUGAGGAAUCAAACACUCCUAAAUCUACAAUUAUGGGACCACCUCAGACUCCAGCUUUUAGGUCUGCUAGUAAAGCACAUGUUGAGCGCAACCUCCUCUCUGAACUUUCCCAAACUGGGUCUGAAUCACAGGAACCAUUAGCUAGACGAACAAGGUCCAAACUGCCUUUGACUGACACACCAAUUGAUGUCAUAGAACAAGAGUUUGUAGCACCUGACAUCACAGAAGAUAUGUAUGACACUUAUUGUGAUGAUGUCAGCUGGAAGACAUUCUUAGAAAGCUUACAUUCUAGUCAACCAACUGAGAACUUGAAUGACUCUACUCUUGAUGACGAUGAUGAGGAAUACAACUUCUUGGCUGAAGUGGAGGAGGAAGCAGAAGACCCAGAGGAUCUCAGAGAUGAUAAGGCAACAAAAGUCUCAAAGAAGGAGCUACAGGAACUUAUGGAGGAGUUAUUUGAGGCUUAUGGUUCUCCUGAUGGUUUAGAGGAGGACUCUCAGCCAUAUGAGGACAACCAGACAGCAUCUACAACUUCAGAGCCAUCCUCCCCUGAGAUGAAUGUCUUUAAUAAUCCAGAACCUGUCAAGUUGGAUGUGAAGCUAGCCACUACAUUAUUGAGGAAAGACUUUAUGAUGAAGAGAAAGGAGCAAGUUGCCCCAGCCCCUGUGCAAUCAGCCAGAGAGACCAUCAUUAUGACUGUCAAGGAACGUGAACAGUUGGAUGAUCAAAUGAGAAAGCAUGUCCAACUGCUAGGCCAGACUUAUGUAUUGGGAAUAGGAACAGAAGACUACAAGAAACACUCACUUGUGUGUAAAGGAUAUGUUAAUGAACUUGCUAAGUUUAGUGAGGGUAGCAAGGUUGAGAAAUCAGCAUACAAGGCGGCCAACUUGCACCACGCUGUUAAACUUGUUAAUAAUGAAUGCGUACCACCAGGAUUCACACUGAGAAAGUCUAGUCGAAGAUUAGUAUUUGAGACACCAGAUUUGUCACUGGAACAGAUGAAGGUAUUCCUGGACAAUGGCACGUUUAUAUACCCCGAUAUAGUACCUACAGGGAACUUCCUGUCAUGUGAUGUCAAUGCAAAGAUGAAAACUCUGUUUCUAGAAUGGGAAGACAACCUCAUUGCCCUUGGGUUAUCCCAACUGACCGAGGUGCCAGUCCGCCAACAACAUGAACUACUCAGUGCAACCUGGCUCCCUACAAAGACUGAGGAACAAAUUCGAUGCAGAAUCAAGAAUAUGAAGACCAAGAAGGCCAAGGCGAAUGCAAUAAAGGCUAAAAAGUAUGUUGGCUUAACUGUUGAUGGCAGUGGACCUGUCAUUGUAGAAGUUCCUAAUAAUGAUGUUAAUGAACCUGAUGUACAAAAUGAAUAUACUUGUGAUGAUGACUGCAUGGCAGAUUCAGAGGAUGAAUGA